AGCUCCAACAACAGCUCCGCCAUGAAGGUCCUGCUGGUACUCCUCGUCGCCAUCGUCGCUGUGGCCGUGGCUAGACCCGGCUACCUGGGCGCUGCGCACGGUGUAGUCCCUGCCGCCCACGCAGUAGUGGCCGCACCCCACGCCGUCGUCACCGCCCACGGCGUCCACCCGGGUCUGGCCGCCUACGGCCCGGCGCACAUCGCCUUCGGACCCGGCGGCUACGUGCAGGACACACACGAGGUGGCCGCCACCAGGGCCGCCCACCUGACCGCCGUCGCCCAGACGCAGGCCCGCGACGCCCACCUCAACGGCGCCGCAGCGCACGCCGCGGCCGCCGCCCACGCCGCCGCUGCCGCCCAUGCCUCCCCCUUGGUCGCCGCCCACGCCGCUCCCUUGGUCGCCGCCCACGCCGCCCCCUUGGUCGCCGCCCACGCCGCCCCCUUGGCCGCCGCCCACGCCGCUCCCCUCGUCGCCGUCGCAGCGCCCGCCCUGGCCGCAGCGCACGGUCUUUUGGGUGCGCAUGGUGCCGCCCUCGCUCACGGACACCAGUGGUGA